UCCCCCUGUCAUGCAGGCGUCACGUGACAACGUCUCGCCUGCAGGUCGUGCGUCUUCUUUGCACUUGCUCGCUUGUUCGGCGUGUGGACUGUGUACACGGGCGGAGAUCGAUUGGACCGUCAUCAUGCCCUUAGCAUCCAAAGGAUUUGAGACGAACGGAAUUGACCAGAAUAACACCGUGCAUGUCCAGGCGCAGUGCCCAGCUCUCCCCUCGCCUCGCUUGGGUACCCACAUCAUCAGCACGGGCAACGGCCGCAGUGUGGGCACAGCCAUUUCUCUGCAGUGCCCAAGCAAACACAGGCCGGUAGGCGGUGAGCUGAAGUGUGUCAUGGAUGCAAACAGCCCUCGCUGGGUGGGGGAACUGUCCUGCAAACCGUUGUCUCCGUACAAAGACGGUGGUUUCCGCGUGGCUGUUCUUGCAUCCAUCAUCAGCAUCGGCAUAAUAUGUAUCAUGUCCUUGGCGUUCAUCACUUGCUGUAUUUGGGACUGUGCCCAACAAAACAGAGGAGCAAAUGAAAAAAAAACAAAGCAGCGCAGGGAUUCAUUCAAAAGCCAUCUGGAGGAUGGCGGGUCCUACCAUAGCCUUGAAGGCAGAUGUGACGUCAACUUAGGAGAGCAUUUUUCACCAUGGGGUACUGACAUCCCACAAAAUCAUAUUGACAACAGUUCGCCUCAAUGGUUGACCCAUGGACUGGUCCAUACACAGUCCCCCUCGCAUCUGCGCCCCUUUGGAUUCUAUGAUAACCGACAUCCACUCCCACCAAAGUCUAAUUGUGCACAGGUUUUUGGUCAGCCUCACGACAUCCCGAUUUCCUCAUGCUCCAAGUGUCCACACGCAUGUCUGCUUCAGAGCCCCACUGAGCAAACUGAUCUGGUGUGGCAGCCGUGACAAAGCCUAGAAGUUCAAAUGAAAAAUUUGGGAAAACAGCGAACACUCCUGUUCCAAGCCCGAGUCAUAGACACCGCUCGGGAACGUUUAGAAUUGCCUACAUAAAUAGUUUAAAGCCCAAACUAUGAACUCAGCACUUUCAAACCAUCUUACCCUUAAAAUAAAUGCAGUGAAAAUUCGAAGCCGCUGCCAGCUGUCUGGCAACUUCUUCUUUUUUUAAAUCUAGUACUGUACUAUUAAUCAGAAACAAGUCUUUCGCUUUCAUUUUGCACUUGCUCUACCUUACGUUGAGCAGCUCGCCAUUACUUGCUAAGAAGCUGUUACGUUCAACCCCACCUUUCCUGUCGUCGUUUUGAAAGUUUUACAACUGAGUGGUGCGCUGGGAGCCUUGCCUGCCUGGUGCAAUACUACCUUAAAUGUGCCUUUUACUAGUUACGCCUCCCACCCCAUGCCUAAAAUAGCAGUUAUUGGAAGUACAUUAUAUUGUGCAUUGAUGUCAGUUUAUUGUACGUAUACGCAUAAAAAACAUUGGUAUCUGAUUGGAAGGAUACUAGGUUCAUAAUUAUGGACAAGCAAAAGUGCCAUAAUUCAAUAAAUGGAUACGACCUGA